AGGUGUAGAUCUAUGUCAGGAAGUACGGGCUGCGAUUUCUGUGUACUUAACAUUUUCACGCUAUUAGCGUUUUUUGAAUACUAUUACGUUUUGUUUUUUCUUAUUAUAACCGUCAAGGACAAAGUUUGACAUAAUUAUUAUUUCUUUACCUGCUACUUACUAGAUCUAUUAUCUAGAUCAAUAAGUAAAUAAAAGUAAAAACGCAAUAGACUAAAAGUGAAUAGAUCCAUUUUGUGCUCCAUUCGUUAGAGUUGAAUAAAAUAUUCAAGGAACAACGGUAGAGAAACGUAUUCAAAGGAUGAUUUAUAGUGUGCUAAUGAUAAAAAUGAUGUUACUGGUCCUGUUGCCAGUUUUCUGUGUAGCUACGCCAAUCACACAUGCUGAUACCAACACCUACUGUGGCUUUGCACAGUUUAGGAAUACAACUGCCAACCCUUCAGCCUGCCAGGACUGUCCGCCAGAGAGAUAUAUGGACGAAGGGAACCAUGUGUAUACCACAUGCAAGAUUUGCACAGUUUAUCACCUGGACACAGAUAACGUGGUCGAACAGGAAGCGUGUACACCGGAAAAGAAUGCUGUUAUCAAAAAGUGUGCGGAAGGAUUUUAUGUUUAUAACAAUGAGUGCCAACGGUGUAGCCUGAGUGACUGCCCAGAAUUGCUCGACUGCUGCAGCAAGGUCACAGUCACCCCAGCAUCCACCACGCCUGCCUCAUACGACGACGCGGCGUCGACAUUACCAGAAUCUCCAGGUCCCACCUCUGAGCAAACCAAAUGUGAUGACAUUGUUAUUGAGGCUACAGGAUGCCUUGGUAUUGAGUAUGAGAAGAGACUAUGUUGGGAGUACAAGGGUUCAAGGACAGUCAUUCUUCCGUGUCGACAGUGCUCAGAGAUAACUCAAACAAAAGUGAUUCUCUGUUCUGCUACUGACGUCAGCUCUUAUGAUUCGACUUUACACCCUGGGAUAAUUGCGGGGAUUUGUAUAGCUGUCGUCAUUUUACUUGGCUUGGUCGUUGUUUUCUACUAUGUUUAUAAUAAAAACUGGCGCAGAAAGAAACUCGAGGCAACCGAUGAGAAAGAUAAAGUAUCUUAUGAAGGACAGACUGUUACAAUCAAUUUACUUCAACAUGCUUUACAAACAAAUGUUACAUUGCCAACUGCUGCACAGGAGGUAGAGUAAAACAAAAAUGUAUCAAUUGAAUACAAAUAAUCUCCACAUGAGACCGUUACUGUUAAAGAGUGCAAACAAAACAAAACAUCAACUGCUGAAUCUGUUUCUGCCCACUGUCUAUUCAUGUGAACCAAACAAACGAAAUUCAUUAUGUUUCCGUUUGAUAAUUGUUGAAAAAAGAAAAGGUUGAAAAUGGCGAGUAAAGCUAUUGUAGAUACGAUAGGGAAACUUGUAUCAUACAUAUAUAACAGUAGAUAAAUAAAUAGAUUUUCAGAAACAUUAAAAAUCUAUAUCUGAGCAUUCCAUUUCACCAUUUUAUUUAAAAACUCGAUUUCCAAUUGUUAAAUCGGUUUCCUGAGAUCCCAAAAAUAUAGUCGAGAGGCUAAUUACGCUUGAAAUUGGCUUGGCUAGCCCACCUAUGAAAGCAAGGAAAAACCUUCUCCCAGAUACUUUCUCCCCCACAGGUCCACAAAUGAGAUUGGACCAUAGCGUUCUAAAAGCAUCAGAAAGGAGUAAAUUUAUAAUCUGCUCCGACUCCAAAUCUGCAUUGCAUGCUUUGGGGCGGAUGAAGACUGACAUCCCAUUGGUACAUAAGAGCCUGAAGCUGUUGGACCUAAUAACUGCCGACCGUAGGGAUGUCACCUUCAUCUGGGUCCCCUCCCAUGUUGGCAUUGAGGGAAACGAAGCCGCAGACAGAGAAGCAAAGAGAGCCCUAAAUCAUGCGGUGUCAGGAACCCAAAUUCCCUACUCGGACCUGAGACAAAGUAUUGCCUCUGCCACCUAUCGAGAGUGGCAGAACCGAUGGGAGGCUGAGACUCACAGUAAACUCAGGCAGAUUGUGGCGGAUGUCAGGUGGCGGCCCACAUCUAAGGGUCUGACAAGGCGUGGUAGCACAACCAUGUCCAGACUUAGGAUUGGCCACACCUACAUCACGCACUCUUUUGUACUGAAGAGAGAGGAGCCCCCACUUUGCGAGUACUGUGACUCUCGCCUCACCGUGGAACAUAUCCUCGUUGAUUGCCCCAGAUACCAGGAUGUCAGGGCGAAACAUUUUAGAGCCACUAAUCUAAAAACACUAUUUAAUAAUGUCGACCCUGGGAAGGUACUGGGCUUUAUUCGGGAAGUGGGGCUAUCUACGAAGAUCUGAUUUCUGAAUUUGUGAACAUUCACUAUUUACAUUAGAUUUUUACCAAAUAUUUAAAUUUUUACUACCUUUACUAUUUAAACUGUGAAUAGACCUUAAUUUUAAUUAUAUUACUGUAUAGAAUCUGGCCCUUGUUGUUUAGAGAGAGAGUAGUCCUUAAGGGACUGCAGGCACGACAUGGCCUAAAUUGUGCCGA